UGUGCGUUUGGUAGCUUCGUGCUUCUCGGUUUUCCCGUACCGCCACCCGGUCCCGCCCGGCUGCCCGCGCGCACUUCGCAUCCUGCAGACGCCCGAGGUGCUCGGGCUGGGAGACUGAGACCCCGGCAUCCGCAGCAGCGUUCGCGGCGGCACUUGCGGAGAUGGCCGGGAAGAAGGCGCGUAAGAACGCGCAACCGAGCCCCGCGCGCACUGAGCUGGAAGAGGAGUGUGCUGCUCAGCUCAGGAGACUGGGAGACAAACUGAAUUUUCGGCAGAAACUUCUGAAUCUGAUAACCAAAUUCUUCUGCUCAGGAACCUGACUGCAACAAAAACUUGUGCAUAAGGGGACUCCUUCGAAAGGGAAGUUUCCCACAAUAGGUGCAAGUGGUACAAAUUUCAUAAAUUCGAAGAGAGGUCUCAUUGC